CCCCACAGUGCCACCCCGAAGAUCCAUCGGUGGCCGGUUCUUGGCGUGCAUCUUAUAUAUUAUUACUAAAAGGAAAGGACAGGCCACUAUAUAAAAAAUGUCUGCGUCAACCAAGGUCUUGGAUCCUGCGUUCCAAGGAAUCGGACAGAAACCUGGAACUGAGAUCUGGAGAAUCGAGAAUUUUCAACCAGUUCUGGUGCCAAAGUCUGAACAUGGGAAGUUCUACAUGGGAGAUAGUUACAUUAUAUUGCAGACCACACAAAAUAAGGGGGGUGCGUACCAGUAUGACAUACACUUCUGGAUUGGGAAAGAUACAAGUCAGGAUGAAGCUGGAACAGCAGCAGCCAAGACAGUUGAACUUGACGCAGUCCUUGGAGGCCGUGCUGUCCAACACAGGGAAAUUCAGGGUCAUGAAUCUGACAAAUUUUUGUCUUACUUCAAGCCAUGCAUUAUACCGCUAGAGGGCGGUGUUGCGUCUGGAUUUAGAAAGCCUGAAGAAGAAGAGUUCGAAACCCGUUUGUAUAUCUGCAAAGGAAAACGUGCCGUCCGGUUGAAGCAGGUUCCUUUUGCCCGUGCAUCACUGAAUCACGAUGAUGUAUUUAUUUUGGACACAAAGGAGAAGAUCUAUCAAUUUAAUGGUGCAAAUUCAAACAUUCAGGAGAGAGCCAAAGCUUUGGAAGUUGUUCAAUAUUUGAAAGAUAAGUAUCAUGAAGGAACAUGCGAUGUUGCGAUUGUUGAUGAUGGAAAACUAGAUACAGAAUCCGACUCUGGCGAGUUCUGGGUCCUUUUCGGUGGUUUUGCUCCAAUCGGAAGGAAAGUUGCCAGUGAGGAUGACAUUAUUCCAGAGACAACUCCACCCAAGCUUUAUAGCAUUGCCAAUGGCCAGUUGGAACCUAUAGAGGGCGAUCUAUCCAAGUCCUUACUGGAAAACGAUAAAUGCUACUUUUUGGACUGUGGUGCUGAGGUAUUUGUUUGGGUUGGCCGUGUAACUCAAGUGGAGGAGAGAAAGGCUGCUAGCCAAGCUGCCGAGGAUUGUCUUGCUAGUGAAAAUAGGCCAAAGGCAACACUCAUAACUCGUGUUAUCCAAGGUUAUGAGCCCCAUUCUUUCAAGUCUAACUUUGACUCUUGGCCAUCAGGCUCUGCAACUCCUGGUAGUGAAGAGGGACGGGGAAAGGUCGCCGCUCUACUUAAGCAACAAGGUGUUGGGCUAAAGGGCGCAUCCAAAAGCACCCCAGUGAGUGAGGAUAUUCCACCUCUGCUUGAAGGAGGUGGAAAAUUAGAGGUUUGGUGCGUUGAUGGUAAAGCCAAAACUCCUUUAGCCAAGGAAGAUAUAGGCAAGUUUUAUUCGGGGGACAGUUAUUUGGUCCUUUAUACCUAUCAUUCUGGUGAUAGGAAAGAAGACUAUUUCUUGUGCUGUUGGUUCGGAAACCAUAGCAUUCAGGAGGACCAAGAAACAGCACUGCGUUUGGCGAAUACAAUGUUCAACUCGUUAAAGGGAAGACCAGUGCAGGGACGUAUACACGAGGGUAAAGAACCUCCGCAGUUUAUCGCCCUUUUUCAACCUAUGGUGGUUCUUAAGGGUGGUUUGAGCUCUGGUUACAAGAAUAGUGGGGCAGAGAAAGGUUCACCAGAAGAAGAAGCCUACACAUCAGAUUCAAUUGCGCUAAUUCAAGUGUCUGGAACUGGGGUUCACAAUAAUAAGGCAUUGCAAGUUGAAGCGAUCGCAACAUCUUUGAACUCUUAUGAGUGCUUCCUUCUGCAAUCUGGUUCUUCCAUGUUCCUUUGGCAUGGAAAUCAAAGUACACAUGAGCAGCAACAACUGGCUGCUAAAGUUGCUGAAUUCUUAAAGCCUGGGGUUACUAUCAAGCAUGCCAAAGAAGGAACAGAGAGCUCAUCCUUUUGGUUUGCACUUGGGGGAAAACAGAACUUUACCAGCAAGAAAGCUUCCUCUGAGACUGUUAGGGAUCCGCACUUGUUCUCGUUCUCGUUCAACAAAGGAAAGUUUCAGGUUGAGGAGAUUCACAACUUUGCCCAAGAUGAUCUCUUAACUGAGGAUAUGUAUGUACUUGACACUCAUGCUGAAGUUUUCGUAUGGGUUGGUCAAUAUGUGGACUCUAAGGAAAAACAAACGGCUUUCGAUAUUGGCCAGAGAUACAUAGAAAUGGCUGCUUCCCUGGAGGGCUUGCCUUUGAAGGUUCCACUGUACAAAAUCACUGAAGGGAAUGAACCAUGUUUCUUCACCACUUACUUUUCUUGGGAACCCGCUAAAGCUUUUGCUCAAGGAAACUCAUUCCAGAAGAAGGUGGCUUUAUUAUUCGGUGCAAAUCACGUUGUGGAGGACAAGUCAAACGGUGGGAACCAAGGAGGACUAAGGCAAAGAGCUGAAGCACUAGCUGCCUUAACUUCUGCUUUUAAUUCUUCCACCGGGAGGGUACCCUCUUCGAGCCAGGACAGAUCAGAAGGAACUCAAGGGGGACCGAGACAAAGAGCAGAAGCUUUAGCCGCCUUGUCAUCCGCAUUUAAUUCCUCAUCAUCAUCCGCAAAGGCACCUCCUCCACCAAGGCCAGCGGGAACGAGUCGGGGAUCUCAGAGAGCAGCAGCUGUGGCUGCUCUCUCACAAGUCCUCACCGCAGAAUCACAAAAGAAAUCACCCGAUACCUCUCCUACCCGAAGGUCUACCAGCUCUAAUCCGGGGGAUACCAGCCCUUCGGCUGAAGCAAAGGAGGAGAAGCCAUUCUCAGAAGUGGAUGCAUCUGAAGAAACAACCGAUGCCAAGGAAGAAGAGCAAGUUUCACCCACAACCGAAGCCAGUGCUGAGGAAUCAGAGAGUGAUUCUUCUGCAAGUGUAGCUAUUGGAGCAAUCUUCAGCUACGAACAGCUGAGAGCCAAAUCCGAAAACCCAGUGACCGGAAUCGACUUCAAACGAAGAGAGGCUUAUCUGUCUGAAGAAGAGUUCCAGACUGUGUUUGGGAUGACAAAAGAAGCAUUCACCAAAUUGCCCAGGUGGAAGCAAGACUUGCUGAAGAAGAAAAUGGACUUGUUCUAAAUCCCCCUCACUUUAAAAAAAUAUAUAUAUUUCAGAUGCCAUCCUUUUUAUCCUUUUCUUCUGCAGUUACCAAAAAAAAAAAAAAAAGAAACAAAAUAAGGUGAUUUUUCAAAGACAUUGAACCUUCUUUUUUUUUUCCCCUUCAUGGGUUUAAUUCUUCAUAUUCUUACAUCAUGAUGAUGCCUCUUUAUAAUGAUCACAAGACUUGUAGUGUUGGUUUUCUUCUUUUUUUUUCAGACAUCUUUGUGAUGAAAAGAGUUCUUUCAUUUUGUCUCAUCAGUGUUUUUGUGAUGUAAGAACAUUUGUACAACCAUGAACUUGUGUAUGGGUUUAUUUGGAUGAUGUUGAAUUUUUUAAACAA